UAAGGCGGAGUCGCCGAAGGCUUUACCCGGGGUAUUAGACAGGCCGGGGACGCUCUGGAAGCGGAUAGUUUCUGUUCUGAGAACAUACGCAACACCGCUACAGCUCAAGGCUCCCAUGACCUCCAUACGCCAGUAGUCUCUAGGACGUCAGGAGGCGCACAAAUACUAUACAUACUCAGACUUGGGGAACACACACCAUGACCAGCACGGCAGACCCCCAGUACAUCCGCAGCGUGUCUGUGAGCUAUCCACGUUGUGGCUCCGGCGUCUCUCUCCGCUCCACACUCUCGGGGACCAACUACGUCAUACAGAGGUCAAGGCCACGCACGGCGGAGGACAUCACGCACUCUGCACGUGACCAGGCGGACCGGAUCCUGGAGCGGGAGAGGACUGGCAUGUUGGACGAGCUCAUGUUUCUCUAUGGUCGCAACGUCUCUAAUAGCUUCGACUUUUCUCCAACAGAUGCCCCAAAGCCCCCACAAAAGAACUAUUCAACUCCCGUUUUGAGUUCACCAUGGCACAUGAACAACAGCGCCUUCUUGCAAAUGUACAGAGCGUCAGGUCGGUGUCCACGGAAGCGUCAAUUCCCGCAAUUCAUCCCAAGGCCGCUGACCAGAGAAACAAAUUCCUGAAUGGACAAUGGGCAGCAUAGAGUGAUUAUGUCUAAGGUAUUUCUGGACCCGAGAUUGAUGAGAAAGAAGGCAAGGACUGAACUUACUCAAAUCAGUGGACUGUGUCGUGCAAUAGCUAUACGCUUUCAUGGGAAUGUUCAACUUGUAAUGAUUGAUUUGGUUGUUUGAGUAAGAGGCAAGAACUUAAGAUUUUGAAAAUGGACCUCAAUCAUACAACACCUUACUUAUCAUUUCAUAAAUUAAAAAAAGCACAUACCCGUAAGAGAGUGCAACUAUGCCCCUUGCCCACAUCGAGGCAAAUAUUCAAAGGAAUCCGAUCAACAGCCUCUGAUAUUUCGCUGUACUAAAAUUCCAAACCCCUAAAAACCCAGUUUUGAGAAAACGCUUAAAAACGUCUUUACAUUAUCAUUACAUGUUAAACACAAAACAUUCAACCCAAACACACCCUUAAAUCAAACAAUGCAAAAACGGACAAAAUAAUAAGGAAAGUAGAAGGACCGAUGGUAGAUAACCGUGUUUAUAUAAAAGUUCUGGGAAUCUCAAAACUCUUUGGAUUUUUAUUUGACAAAAAUUCAGUCAUCUUUUUCCCUGUCAGAGAGAGUGCACUACUUUUAUUAAUUCCCACGGUCUUUCAAUUUAUUCAUCAAUGGCGGAAGAGGAACCACAUGAUCAAUACCAUAAUCAUGAAUUCCCCCUUUCACCAUAUCCGUAUACCAUCUCUCCACUUCUGGACGCAACCCACAAACCCGUUAUACUGCCCCCCCCCGCCCUCUCCUCAAACACACGCACCCGGCACCACAUUCCUGUUCUGAUCAUUCUGACCGUAACUCCUCACGUCAACUCGUACACCCUCUCAUCACCCCAUCCCUUUAUCUCUUCCCUCGUGACACAUACGGUACUUUUGACCCAAAGUUAAACAUUACUUGUGAGUAUAAUUAUCACCAAACUUGUGCGUGUGUGUGUGUUUUGUAUGUGUGCUCUUCAUAAAACUGCUACGAUUUUAUUUCCAAAGUGAAGUGGCAAAAGGUUUAUGAGCUCAGUGCAGAUGACAUCACAGCUGCCAUUUUUCUUGUCUUUUUGCUUGGGAUUCUUUUGUGUCAUUAUGGUCUAAUGGCUGGGACACUUGAUCAGUCUGAAAUUUGCCUUAUCAUUAUGCUUCUGACUCGGAGUGGAAGAUUUCUGAUUUUAUCCCUAAACACGUGUGGCAUUGAGUGUGCUUUUCACACGUAUUCUGUGUAAUGAUGUCUUUGUAAACUGAAGAGGCGACACAUUUAUGAACGCAUGCCCUUUUGCAUGGGAUUCUCAACUCUUUUGUAACCCCCUGGCUGGGACAAAUUAGGAAGUCUGAUAUGGGCUUUGCGAGUGAACGUCUAUCACAACUUUUACAGGUUCCAACAGACAAGUUGAACUUUGGAUGAGUUGAUCUAUUUUUACCCCCCCCC